CUUGCUAGCAGCGGCUAGGGCAGGUUAUGGUGGAGCGGACUGCGCUGUGAGCAGAGCGGCCGCGGGGCCCGCCAUGCGCCGGCGGCCCUGACAUGGGCGCCAGCGGGUCCAAAGCUCGGGGCCUGUGGCCCUUCGCCUCGGCGGCCGGAGGCGGCGGCUCAGAGGCAGCAGGAGCUGAGCAAGCUUUGGUGCGGCCUCGGGGCCGAGCUGUGCCCCCCUUCGUAUUCACGCGCCGCGGCUCUAUGUUCUAUGAUGAGGAUGGGGAUCUCGCUCACGAGUUCUAUGAGGAGACAAUCGUCACCAAGAACGGGCAGAAGCGGGCCAAGCUGAGGCGAGUGCAUAAGAAUCUGAUUCCUCAGGGCAUCGUGAAGCUGGAUCCCCCCCGCAUCCACGUGGAUUUCCCUGUGAUCCUCUAUGAGGUGUGACCCUGAGAGGUGGCAGACGGAAGCACCCCCUGCCCCAGCAAGAAACUCCCAGGCUCAAUCAAGGUGUGACUUCCAUUGAGGAGCCCAGGCUGGGGCCACAACCCUGAAUAAACUCCAUUGGCCCAUAACCUUCAGCUGUGAGCGGGUCAGUCCCGCAAUAUUAGUUGGGUGUUGGUUUUUGUAUGGACAAGAGGUGGUUGGUGGGUGGUGAAGGCUAAUGGCAGAGUUAGCACCCCACUCUCCCCAGCCACCCCUGCAAGAAGCACGGCAGGGCAUAUAACAGUCAGGAAUGCCCGUUACCUGGUUCCUUGCCUGGUCUGCCUUCUUCCAAGUUUGCCUGGGGCCUAGCCCUGCUAGAGGCUACAGCACUUUACAAGCAAGGUAUGCCUUCUUCCAGCCCCUAGGCUGUGGGCACUGUAUACAAGUAGGAACUUCCUUUCCUUCACUUCCCUUUUAACCCCUAGUCAGAGCAUUUCAGCCGUUUGCUACCUCGAUUCCUCCUGUGUUGGACAGAGGCUGGGGGCAGUGCCAGCCUGAUUCUUCCAACCUACCUGCCAUUUGUUCCCGCCUUCAGAUGGAUGGACAGUUUGCUGGCUAUUGAUAGGAGUAGGGACUGGGUGGGGGCUUCUCCCUCUACCCAGGGCUGGGCUGAUCCCCCUACUGCAACUAACUGUUCCCCCCGCACCCCAAACCCCCAGUUGAGGAAUUGAGAGGGUGCAGGCUGGGGUCAGGACAUGCUGUGGAUGCUUGUGCCUAUGGGGAGUUAUUCCAACCCACCUAUUCUGUCUAAUCCCCAUGGCUUUGCACCAAAUCCUCCACCCCUCCAAUUGGGAGGGGACUGUUCACCACCUUGUGGUAAGGGACAACACCCCAAGGCUGGUGCCAGUAGUUAUGAGUAGCCUACCACCCCCUCCCUUACAGUAACCGCCACCCCUUCAGGAUCAGUCAAGGGAAAGUACUAGAGCCCCUGGGUAGGGAAAGAAAGGAGAGAAAAACCAUAAAAGGAAUACUUAUAAUGUGAAGGUUUGUAAAUAGUCCAUGAUGAUGUCGUGGCAGAGUCUGAUUUCUAUAUAGAGGUGACUUUUUUUUUUAAGUACUGUGCAAGCUCUGUGCUUCUAGAAUGUGGGAAGUGGCUUGGGGAAGAUGGCCCCCAGCCUAGGAAGACUGUUGUGUUAUUUGUUCAAUUUCAAUAAAAUGAUUUGUAGAUCCUGC